GGCUCCAUGCCGCAGGCAACAAGCGCGCCGCCAACAUCCGCGCCGCGUCGAGACUCGAGCGAGCGACAGUCACAGUCAGUUCGGCGCCGACAGCUAUCACGCGUACACGUCUUUUUCGCAACAUGGCCGCUGCCCAUACGCACUCGGCCCCCGUGCCCUCAGAUCGUCGUUCAGAGGGCCGGGCUGGUUCCCGCCGCAUAUUUCCUCCACAAUUUAAGCUCCAAGUUCUCGAUGCGUACAGGAGAGAUCCUCAAUGCAGAGGAAAUCAACGUGCAACUGCGAGAAAAUUCGGAAUUCACCGACGACAAAUCCAGAAAUGGCUACAAGCCGAACCGGCUCUACGGGCAGCGCAUUUGAGGAGAGCACCGCAACCUGCACCUUCGCCACCGCCUUACUCCGUCGGCUCGCCAGAGAGCGCUCGCUUGCCUUCACCUCCGCCGGCGGCUCUGCCAAUCCAAGUGCCCACACCGAUAGCAGCUCCCGUGCCAAUCACGCCUUUUACCGUGGAACCUAUCGAUUUGUCAUUAAAACGCCUUACACCACCUCCAGCACCGGUUCCAUCGUAUCCACGGCUGCCUUUGGCUCCAGAACCACCGAGAAAACCGUUUAAAUUGUUCAGACCAUACCUAAUAGAAGACGAAGGAAAGAGGCCAGCCAUAGCGUCCCUACCCGUUAGUAGUGGCGUUCACGUGUCUGCAUUCGUGCCAGUGCAGAGCGCUGCGGGUUGCGGAGGCGCGGUGUGCCCUGCUUGGGGCACACUAGGACCUGCCUACCCGACCCCGUUAAGAUGAAACAGCGCCGCCGGGGCAUGGCCCCGUCCCUACUGUGAUCUAGUCUCCGCCGACGCCCGUCUGGCGCCGCCCGGGGCGUAGCCCUCCAACACCGUGCCUUAAUAUUCUAAGAAUGACUUGUCGCCAUAGUGCUUUACGCCGUUGUCUCGAGAUAACUGCUUAUUUUGUAUAGAGUUAUAGAUUAGAUUUAGAUUUGAAAUGUAUUUUUAUAAGUGCGGUUUAUAAAGUAUAACUAUUACAGAUUAUUAUGAUAUACUUAAUUAUUAUUAU